CUCAGUUGAAAUUGAUUCGCUGAGACGUUUGGUCAUUAAACAGAAAUAUCAAAGUUGUUGAUUUCAACGCGCAAAACAGAGCUAUUAAAGCGCGCGUCACCGCAAAAAAGACGACACUAUAUAAUUUGCAUUUAAUCGGAAGCAAAAAAAAAAGAAAAUGUUUGAGUUCCGUUUCUUAAUGUUUGGGGUUUUUUUUGGUUUGGUGAUUGCACAAAUUGCCUAUGUGGAGGAUCAAGACAUAGAUAAGUCUAAAAGUAAUCUGGAGGGUCGUAAGCCGCUUUACUCCCCCGCCCGCUGCUCCCGCUAUCAACUGCUCUACCCGGGCGAUCAGCAAAACGACUGGAUAUGCGAUUGCGCGCCAGCUGCUUUGUAUUAUCCAGAAACCGAUGCCUGCUAUCCAGCUUAUAGGCAAGGCCCCUGUAAAGUAGGUGAGAUUCUGGUGCUAUACAAGGAGAAGGUGAUACCCGAGUGUGUGAACAAUCCUUGCCAGCAGGAUGGACAUUUCAUGAUACGCGAUAAAUGCUAUGAAUUUGGCAACAGCAAUCACAGCAGCAAUCCCUGUCCAUUCAAGGAGUACACCUUUGUGCUGGGCGUCAACCCCAAGACCUUGAUGGUGGACUGUGUGCAGCUGUCGAUGCAGCUGGAGACACGUCUGGGCGUUGGCGAUGAGGAGGCGGCGGAAGCCCCACCUUAUUAUCACAUUGAGGUGGCUGAGAAAUGUUUGCCAGGCAGUCGCCUUUACUCCCAAGGAGUUUGUAAUGCUGCAGCUGCUGCGCCUUCGAAACAAGUUUAA